UUUUUUUUUAGUGUUCGCCCUAUUUUUCCUCGAACGCAGUCGUCAUACGACAGCACAACUGAGGCUCCUCGUCUCCCUUAAUUCUUGUGUAAUUGGUCACUAGCAUUCUCUAGUUCUCACGGAUCUUUCCAGCUAUGUUGGUAAGAUGGAUAAUACGGCUUUCAGGACGUCGAAAAGGAGCCGUGAUGUUGAGCCACAAGUCAAUGAUGACGUUGCGGCAAAGAGAUUAAAGAACGAACACAGUGACGGAAAUGACCGCCAUGUAGAUCAGAGAGAAGAUACGGUUUCUACAAUUUACGAAACCGUUGAUCUGGGGCUUCCGACUAUGGGUGUCCGACGAAACCAAGGAGUCUGCCAGACGUCUUUGGGUCGACUGGUACCAAGACAUCCACGCUCAGGGACCAAGAUGGCCGAGUAUAGAAUGGAAGAAUCUGUUGCAACGUCUGACAUUGACCUCGGCCGUGGGAAUGCCGUGUCGGAGAACAGGAGACUUGAACUUGAACUGGGAGAAGAAGAAGAAGACGACACGGAUGCAGCAUCUCAGCCACUCACACAUGCUGCCACCCCGGAACUUUCCACAGCAUCAUCUUCUCGGGGCAACAGCUCUGCGCCUGAAGCUCAAACUCCUGUCACGGCUGAAGAUUCAGACUGUUUACAUAGCAAGAAAAAGCCAGCGUUCACAUUGCAUAGCGAGGCCUUAUAUCGAGCCCUCCAAUCCAAACAUCUUUCGGAAAACUUCAUGGAGAAGUUCUGCGAACAGCACCCUGAGAUAUCCAAUACACUAAAGUUGGGAAGCGUCGACAGCAAUAAUGAGAAACUAUCUUCCCAGUCUGCCUUCAGAAUCGCCUCAGCUCCGUCGAGUGCUCGAAAGUCAAAGCCGGAAGCCAGUACGCCGCCAUUUGAAUGCCCCAGUUCGUGUUCUGGCAAAUUCAACGAUGUUUCCUCGUUCAGGCAACAUCUUGAAAUGCAGCAUGCAAGCCAGUACAAAGUUUGCAAGCACAGUGAUUGCUCCAAGUUCGUCGCUAACAACGAGGAUAUCGGGACCAGUAUGUUGCUCGGGUGGCACUAUCGCAAAGACCAUGGGCAGCAUGCGCUACAAUGUAUGGAGCACCCCAAUUGCAACUAUAAGCCCACACUAGACGAGAAAGCCUUUGUGGAGCAUGUCAAGUCACACAGGCUGCGAUGUAACCUGUGUCUUGACGAGAAGAAGCGUGCACUCCCAUUCGGCACGGUCGACGCGCUCAAGCUCCACAUCAAGAACACGCACGGAGAAGGAACAUUUCAAUGUCAGGGAUACGACUUCGUGACCGGGAAGCGGUGUACCCGCCGCUUCCCAACCGAAGGCGGGCGGACGAAGCACAUGGGCUGCGCACACAAGGGUCAGUUCCUGUGCCCACACUGCAUGGACGACGGCGGGAAGGUGCAGAUGUUCGAGACGGAGAAGACGCUGGCGCUUCACGUCCGCGACGCACACGCGGCCGCGUUCGACGACGACUGGGCGGCCAAGGCGGGCGUAAAGCGGUUCGCGUGUCCGCAGUGCAAGAAGGUCCUUACAAAGAACGUCUACCUCCAGCGGCACCUCGCCACGCACACGGGCGAGACGCCCAAACCCUUCAGGUGCAAUGCUACAGACGUCGGCGGGAGCCCGCGGAUGACGGACGACGACGGGACCGCCCUAGCAUGGGACCCCGCCGCGAUGGGAUGUGAGAGCCGGUUCGCGACCAAGCAGUCGCUGAUCGACCACGUGCGGAGUGCUCACCUUGGUCUGAUGAGGUGGGAGGCGUUCAGGAGAGCAAGGAGCGGCCAGGCGUGGCAGGACGCCGCGUCGAGGAUGGACCGGAAGGAUAAGAGGGCAAAGCCGUCGCCGACCGGCGUGCUCUCCGGAUUCAAGGCCGAACCCGCCUCGUAGAGAUAUACGGUCCUCCCGACUUGCAAACAGGAAGCCCCAAAUACUAUCGAGAUCCUUUGAAGAAAGGGAGGAAGCAGAGGACGCGAGGGCUAUCACAACCUCCCAUUCUCCAGUAGGUUAAGUCGUCGACUCUCGAGCCACGCGAGCGUUCUCCAAGCCCUGCAAAAUUCCUGCCUUCCUUUUUUUCCCCUUACACAUACACAUAUUCGUUUCCUCUCAGCGACGAACAAGCGCACGUUCUGAUGGCCCUUUUGUUCGGGUUGGAUGUUUUUUUU